AUGCCGGCAAAUCUGAAAGCUCCGCAACUCGAGCAGAUUCAGCAUAAGAUCGAGAACGGGUCAUCGAAACGAGCCAAAAUCGCCUUUGUCGCCGGUUGUAGCAAGCAAGCUGUAACAUAUAUCCGUCAGAACCUGGAGGCGUUUGGCAAUGUCAGAGCCCCCCCGGAACGGCGUCGGACGCCCUCGAAGUACCACCCCAUCGAUGCUUGA